UACCCCCAUCAACUGCCUAAACAUUUUAUUAUCUACUUGAACAACAAUCUCUUAUUCUCUUGCAGUUAAUUUACUUACAUAUAUAGUUUAAACCCUUAACAAAAGCAAAAAAAUACAUCUAUUUUUUUCCCGGGAGAAAAAUGGUGGAUUUUAGGUGGUCAAAAGUGGUCGUGCAAGUAGUCCUACUAGUGGUGGUGGCGGCGGCAACAGUGUCGAUAGUUGAUGGCAACUCCAGCGUUGCAUAUGGAGGGAUAACCGCGGCGGUGGAAUUGCUAGAGGGGAACACAAAAGCAGCAAAAGACGGUAUUGAUCAAGCAGAGGAUGAAUUCUCUGAAGAGGCUGCCCCUUGGACUGAAUGGGCUAAGGAGAAAAUUCAAAAGGGCCUUGGCUUGAAGAGUGAUGAUCAUGUUGAUGCGCCCUCAACCAAUGAAGAUAAUAUCGACCAAGUCGUUACGGAUACUGGAGAACAUAUGUCCGACGCUGCCGGAGAUUUAAAAUCGAAGGCGUGUGAAACUGCCAAGGAAGCCUCCGGCAAAACAAAGGAGAAGUGUAAACAAGCAAAGGAUAAGACACAUGAAGCUGCUAAUGAAGCAGCCAAUAAGGCCUCAAAUGUCAAAGAUGCUACUCUUGAGAAGUCUAAAGAAGCAAGGGAUAAAGGAUACGAACGUGCUAAUGAGGCCGCUAACAAGGCUUCAUCGGUUAAGGACUCCGCCACUGAUAAGGCCAAAGAAGUGGGAAACAAGGUCCGAGACAAUGCUGAAGAGGUGUCCAAAAAGACUAGUGAAUCAACUCGACAAGCAAAGGACAAAGCAUAUGAAACUGCUAAUGAGGCAGGGAAGAAGGCUUCAAAUGUUAAAGAUGCUACACUUGAGAAGUUGAAAGAAGCGAGGGAUAAAGGAUAUGAACAAGCUAAUGAGGCCGCAAACAAGGCCUCAUCGUUCAAGGACUCUGCCACUGAUAAGGCUAAAGAAGUGGGAGAUAAAGUUCGAGACAAUGCUAAAGAGGCCUCGAAUAAGGCGAGUGAAGCAACUAGACAAGCAAAGGAUAAAGCAUAUGAAACGGCUAGUGAUGCUGCUAAGAAGGCUUCAGAUGUUAAAGACGCUACUCUUGAGAAAUCCAAAGAAGCCGCUAACAAGGCAUCAUCUUAUAAGGACUCUGCCACAGAGAAGGCGCGUAAAGCUGGAGAAAGUGUUCGAGACAAUGCUGAAGAGGUAUCAAAGAAGGCAAGUGAAACAACUCGACAAGCCAAGGAGAAAGCCUAUGAAACUGUUAGUGAGGCGGCUAAUAAGGCCGCUUCAAUGAAAGAUGUAACCAUUGAGAAGGCUCAAGAUGCAAAGGAAAUGAUCCAAGAUAAUGUAGAAUAUGCCUCAAAGAAAGUUAAAAACAAGGCUCAACGAGAGGCAGAAGUAGCCGCGGAAAAGGCUAAGGAAGCCAAAGAUAAUGUAGCUCAAAAGGUUGAGCAAGCAAAGGAAACAUUGUCUCAAACAGACCAAGAGGCCGAGGAGACGGCUAAUAAAUGGGGGACUAAGAUACCCGAGGAGGCGAAGUUCAAGGAGGCCGAGGCGGUAGGAAAUUUAAAAUGGGCUAAGGAGAAGGCCAAGGAAGGGUAUGGAAGUGCCAAAAAGAAAGCUACUGAUGGCGUGAAGGGUAAGGGCCAGGGGACGACGUCGCAAGGCCGUGGUGAGGAGCUUUGAUUGCUUAGCGUUUAAUUUGUUGCUUGUGUUGUAGUAGUCUUUCUAAUUGGUAAUUGUGAUGGUUUUUUUUUUGGAGAUCUUUGAUUCUCUUUACAAAAUAUAAGCGUUAGUUUAUUAUGAUAAAAUUGUUUUUCCCUUAAUUGUCAUAAUAUGUAAGGUUUAUGCAGCAAUUUGGUAAAUUAAUUUGAUAAAAGUUGAUAUAGAUUUCA